CGGAGGCUCACGGGACACGUAGUACGCCGCGCCCACAUCCUCCUUCCCCCACCCCUCAAAGCUGUGCCUUCUGGAAUGCCCUGUCAGCUCCCUUCGGCCUGACUUCCGGUUUGCUCGCGCGGCCCUGGCGUCUAGCCUGAGAACAGCUGGGGCCCUACUUCCGGCGGUGCGCUGCUUCCAGCCCCCCUGUACAGUGCUUCCCCUGCGCGGAACGCGAGGCGGCUGUCGGUCGGCGGACGCUGACGAGGCGGGUGCCGGCGGGCCCGGGUCUCGCGCGCGUGUUGCUGGGUAACGGGCCUUCUGCCGGGCCGGCUCGGCCUCUUGUGCCUAGCGUUGGCCCUCCUUCCAGAACCUCCCGGGCCCCAGCCGACGGGCUGGGCUGCGCCCACUGCGGGGCAGCCGAGGCUAAAGAAAUGGGAAUCCUUCCGCGGCGUUCCCGCAGCGGCUGCCUUCUCUGGGGAAGCGGCGGUGUCUUCGAGGAAACCGGAAGCCCGCGGUGACCUCUGGCGACCCGGUUUGUUUUCGGUCCGUUUCCAAACACUGGGGAAUCGAAACUCGGCGGCCCUGGGGGCGGCCCUACGGAGCCUGUCUUCGGGAAACACCAUUUCCUUAUUGAUUCUCUGCCUGGAUGACCUAUCCAUUGAUUGUUUUUCAGGAACAUAACUCUCAGAUGGGGAAGUAAUGAUGAACCUAACAGCAAAAGUAGAUGUACAGAGCAACUGUCAUGGAUGCACUGGUAGAAGAUGAUAUCUGCAUUCUGAAUCAUGAAAAAGCACAUAGGAGAGAUACGGUGACUCCAAUCUCAAUAUAUUCAGGAGAUGAGUCUGUUGCUUCACAUUUUGCCCUUGUCACUGCAUAUGAAGACAUCAAAAAACGACUUAAGGAUUCAGAGAAAGAGAACUCUUUCUUAAAGAAAAGAAUAAGAUUUUUGGAAGAAAAGCUUAUAGGAGCUCGAUUAGAUGAAGAAACAAGUUCUGUGGGACGUGAACAAGUAAAUAAGGCCUAUCAUGCAUAUCGAGAGGUUUGCAUUGAUAGAGAUAAUUUGAAAAGCAAAUUGGAUAAAAUGAAUAAAGACAACUCUGAAUCUUUGAAAGUAUUGAAUGAACAGCUACAAUCUAAAGAAGUAGAACUUCUCCAGCUAAGGACAGAGGUGGAAACUCAGCAGGUGAUAAGGAAUUUAAAUCCACCUUCAUCAAACUGGGAGGUGGAAAAGUUGAGCUGUGACCUGAAGAUCCAUGGUUUGGAACAAGAGCUGGAACUGAUGAGGAAAGAAUGUAGUGAUCUCAAAAUACAGCUACAGAAAGCCAAACAAAUGGAUCCAUCUCAGGAAGACAAUCUGAAUAGCAGUGAUCUCCAAAGACUGAGCAUUUCAAGCGACAAUAUGCAAAAUGCAUACUGGGAACUGAAGAGAGAGAUGUCUAAUUUACAUUUGGUGACUCAAGUACAAGCUGAACUACUAAGAAAACUGAAAACCCCAACUACAGUCAAGAAAGCCUGUGCCCCAAUAGGAUGCAUGGAAGACCUUGGGAAAGACAGCACAAAACUGCACUUGGCGAAUUUUACUGCAACAUACAAAAGACAUUCCCCCCUGUCACCAAAUGGCAAAACUCUUUGCCACACCACAUCUUCCCCUUUAUCAGGAGAUAUGAAGGUUUUAUCAGAGAAAGCAAUUCUCCAAUCAUGGACAGAUAAUGAGCGAUCCAUUCUUCAUGAUGGUACUAACUUUCAGGAACACAACUCUUACGGCAGAAAUUCUCUGGAAGAUAAUUCUUGGGUAUUCCCAAGCCCUCCUAAAUCAAGUGAGACCGCAUUUGGGGAAACUAAAAAUAAAACUUUGCCUUUAUCCAACCUGCCACCACUGCAUUACUUGGAUCAACAUAAUCAAAACUGCCUUUAUAAGAAUUAAUUCUGAAGAGAUUUCAUGAUUUGGUCAUGAGGUUACUGUUAUCUCCCUCAGUGGCUCUCAAGAAAUUACUUAACUGAAAGCAGAUAUUGAAUAAACUUUUGCAGAGUUCUUCAGUAUAUACAUUUGCACAUACUGUUCUCCACAUCAUGUAUCAAUUUUCCAGUAUGAAAGAGCACCCUCCAGCUCCAUGUUCUAAGAAUCAGAUGUAAGCUACUAAUAAAUAAACUUAAGGUGUUUCAAAGAAACGAUUCUACCUUUGAUAGUAAUUGUAAAUAACUGCCUCUCAUGUAAAGGAUGGAAUUAAAAUUUUUUAGGACAUGGUUUUAUAUAGCAUGUGAAAUGCCUAAAUAUCUGUUCAUAAAAAUAAGAGGCCAUGAAUAUGUGAGAACAAUUGUAAGUUGCUUUAAUUUGCAUAAAAGACAAAUGGCAAAGUGAAUAGGUUCUAUUUGUAGUGACCUUAAAGAUGAAAAUUAUAGUUGAAUACAGGUUAUUCCAUCUGCAUAUGCUAUUGUGUUUCAAAGUUUAAGACUCAGUAACAUUGUGAUUAAAAAAUGGUUUCAAGACUUGAAAUAACCUGCUCAUUGAAACCAACUCUGUCCCAUACAUCCUUCAGAUCCUAACUGAAAAAAGUGAUGAAAUAGUUGAAAACCUGUGUGGUGUGUGAACUAUUUUAAUCCCUCAUUAUCCAAUUAGAAGUAGAAAGAGCAUCACACAGGUUGCAGUCUAAUCUGUGCCUUCAGUGGUCCAUAAUAAAAAGCUAAAUAUGUAACUGGAUAAAGUCAUUUUCUUCAAAGGGUCUAUACCUGCUUGUUAUGUACAGUGACUUAUAAAUUGUUAGACUUUGUUUUGAAAUGUAAGAAUGACUUUUGAUUAACCACAUUAAGAAUUUUAGUUCCGUAAACCAAAUUCUGUGCUGUAUUGAUAUAGUCUGAUCACGGAAUGUCCCCAAACUUUUUGAUUCUGAGUGGCCUAUCAUUUAUAAACAAAGAUAUAACAAGGAUGGCUUCACAUGGAAAUCCGUCUAAAUUCUUUCAGGGUGGUGGUAUUAACACUGUAAUAUAAUGUAUUAGUUGGCUUAUACAUCUUUUGCCUCAGAUAAACUGUUUCAUGUAGGAGACCUUUAUCCUUUUUGAUAGACAGUUUCAAAUAUCUUGAACUCAAAAGAGUAUCUCAGAUCUCUCCUAUAUUAACUGAAUAGCAUACAUACAUAAACAGUGUUCACUGGUCACAGAUAUUUUUGUCUUUCUAUUAUCUCACUUAUUCAGGCUUGUCUGUGAUUAAUGGAAUUGGUGUCAGGUGCUGGAAUUUAUUCUGACCAAUGAACACAGCUGACUCCAGGGAGUACAAUCUCCUGCCAAGUAAUAGAACAAAACCCAAUAUGCAUAAAACAAAUACAAGACU